AUGACUUCACUUAGUUCUGCUUCGGUUCAAGAACAUGUGACUGAGCCAAUACCAGUCACUAAUCAUUCUGCAAAUAGAGGUAAUUCCUCAAAUUAUAAUAAUGUGUUCGAUGCAUCUGAUCCAGGAAGUCCACACUUCCUUCAUCCUAAUGAAAAUAUGUCUUUGGUGCUGGUUUCUUCUCUAAUGAAUGGUAAGAAUUACCAUGGUUGGGCCAAAGCUAUGAGGAUGGCUUUAUGGUCGAAAAAUAAGUUGUCCUUUGUAAAUGGAACUAUCACGAUUCCAGAUGUUUCAGAUUCACGUUAUAGAGCAUGGGAACAAUGCAAUACCAUGGUGCUAUCAUGGUUGCAUCGUUCAAUAAAAGAAUCGAUAUCUCAAUCAAUCUUACGGAUGGAUCGCGCUUGCAAUGUUUGGAAUGAUCUAAAGGAGAGGUUUUCACAAUCUGAUGUGUUCAAAAUCUCAAAUCUACAAGACGAUAUUCAUCGUAUACAUAAAGGAGAUUGCAUGUUUUCAAACUAUUACACGCAGCUUAAAAUUCUAUGGGAUAAGUUGGAAGCACUACAACCAACUCCAACCUGCAAAUAUGUGCAUCCUUGUUGUAACAUUUCCUCUGAGGUGAAAAAAUGCGUGACACAGACUAUUCCAUAA